UAAAUUUUUUUGUCCCAGAAAAAAUGUCUGGAAUAAAAGAAAAGUUAUUGACCUUAGGCCGGGCAGGAAAAACAGAGGAAUUGACUAAACUAGUUCAGAAUCAGGAUAUGGAUGGAUUGGUUGAGAUUGUUCGAAGAUCGUUAACUAGUAUUGAUGGUCCUGCAAUGUUUCUCUAUACUCGGCAGGGUAUUGGAGUAGGACCAGAGCUGGAGAAAAAUCGAUUGUCCCUUAUUAAGACGACAUUACAAGAACUCAUUCGAAAUAUCUGUAUUCAGUCCUCCACAGCAAAAACAAUCACGGAGGAGGUUGAGUCUGCAAUCCGGAACCUUGGAAGUGAAAGCCUAUCCGUUCUUGUGGAACUGCUAAUUAGAUGUUUGGAAGAGGUGGAUAAAGGUGGAGGGGAAGAAGAAGAGAAGGAUUUGUCCUGGAUUCAGAUAUUUUCAACCCUGUUCUCCGAGAUCAAGGAGAAGGAGUUCAUCACUCCCAGAGACACGCUAGUGGAAAUAACUGGAGCUGAGUAUAGAAGAAGACUGAUAUCAUCUCUCUGUGAUAUGAGAUGGAACCAUUGUGCAAGUAUCUCCAUGUGUCUGAUGUUUCAGCAAGCCAAGCUAUCAACAGCUGAACUAGAAGAGGUUUGGGUCAAGAUGAACCAAUGUUUACAAAGAUCAGAUAUUAAAGACGUAGCUCCGUUGUUCCAUCAACUGCUGAAACUAGUUCGAACCAGUUCUGUGUGUUCUGGUAAACUAAUCACUAGUAUAACACAAUACUUUACCUCCAAGAUGACCCUAGCCCGGAGGGUUGAGGAGAGCCAGCCUACGAUGGACUCGAUGGAGCUCAUUCAGACAGACUACAGCGCCGAGGAGAUACAGCAGACUGAGGGGAUUAUUAUUUACUAUACUGCACAAGCAGCAAAGAUGGGACACCCUGCCGCCAAGGAGAUUGUUAAGAUCGCCAGGAGCGCCAGUAGUUUCCCAGUCUCCUUGAUGAACCCCUUUAGCCUGUUUAACUGUCUAGCUUUAACCUCCGUUAAGCAGUACAGUGACGCCAUCCUCGACAACCUCAAGCUCACAAUCUCCAAGGGGUUUACGUUGGAAGGAAGCAGAGAGGCUAGUGUCUGGUUCAGAACUCAGACUCCGGGUAUGCCUGAUGUUGCUGGAUUAUUCUCUCUUCUAAUCUCUCAGAGUGUAAGGUUCGGUGGUUGGGAUCUGAUUGGACAAGGGUUGGUUGACCUGAGUUUGAUGAUGUUGGACACCCAGCCUCCUCUAGGAAAGAUGAACAGUAAGACUAGGGCCAUGCACAACCUUGGAGCUGCUAUCCUGGCUAAAGUUAUCAAGAAACACUCCAGCUCCGCUCAGAUAAUAAUACCUAAGAUAACAAACAGGAUAAUUGUGAAUGCUAAAUCCCAGCAGUACACUUACGCUCUGAUGCAUAUAAUCAGGGAGGCGACCACCUACCUCCUAGAGGAUGGUAACGGGGUUGUGAUCACUAAUCUCAUUGAGAACAUUCAUCGGCUUUCAUACACAGCUGGUCGAAGAACUCUCGCUGCUCUUAUUCCAUUGAUGAAGAUCAAUCGCUCUCUAAGGAAUCCUUUGAUAUUGGUUCUCAGAAAAGCCUUGUUUUCUCGUAACAUACAUACACGUCAAGUUGGGGUCAGCGGAGUUUUUACUCUACUUAAAACCUUUAAGAUCUCGACCAACAUGGUCUCCAGUCAGCUUUCUCAAUCUAGUGGCAGCCUUUCGCAGAUGUCAAUCGACAUUCAUAGAGGAGGUGUUGCCUCUAAUGAUGCCCUCUGCACUGAGCUAUUGGGAGUUCUUAGACGAUGUUUUUCCCUUCAACCCAGCGUAAAGAUCGUGUUCUAUCAGGGAAUGAACGAGGUUGUCUCUAAGAACCCAGAGCUGAGCGAAGGAUUCCUAGAAUUACUGCAUCUUCAUAUUCUUGAACUAUUUGGUGUAGGAAACACAGAAACCCUGCCUGAGCUUGACCUGAAUAAAACCUUGGUAGAAAAGAACGGAAGCUGGAGUAUAUCUGAACCUGCUGGUUGGUUCCUUCACUGUCUCCAGACCGUGGUUAGCAAGGCAGAGCAGAUAAUGGAUGCCGGAGACUCCCAGGUUCUAGAUAAACUCUCAGGGUUUAUGGAAAGACUAUGCGAGAGGUAUAGUGAGUGUGAGAUUGCAGAUCUUGGGUUUGAUCUCACGGAUAAUUUGGAUCGUAAGACCCCGGAUGGGAAGAAGCGCUGUCUGAAGAUUGAUAUCUUGAUGACUAUGUACGAGGCAAUGAUGGAGUUUGUCAUGACUCAUGGUGCAGAUAAAGUAGAAGGGAAGGCAACCCUUCUCCUUCAACUUCAUCAGAACCAUCUUACUCUCAGGAAUCUUCUUAAUGCACCUAAACCAAAGAAGGGAGGGAAAAAAGGAGACAAGGCAAAGAAGGAAGAGAAGGAGGACGGAAAUGAGACGAAUGACGGAGAGAAAGAGAAAGAGAAGGAAAAGGAGAAAGGAAUGAAAAGAAAAAGAGAUGGAACGGAUCCUGAUGAGUUCACAAUGCUUCCUCACGCAUUCUCCCUGAGAAGUUUAUCCGUCCUGCUCCACUCUCUGCUAGAGAACCGUACUCCGGAUACACAGACUGCUCUCCGUAAGCUCCGGGAGAACGAUGAGUUUCUGGCAUAUAUACAAACUAUACUCUCUGCUCUACUCACUAGAUACAGUAGCUCAAUGGCGGUUACAGGAGAUGAAGGUGUUCAUUCAGACAAUAUAUUCAGAUAUAUUCUCAACAUAACAUCAACAUUGUUCAGGCACACCAUGAUGAGUCCUGAACCUAUCCUCGAGUUUAUGCAAUCUGGGUUGGAACUGCUUGUGUCAGGACUGCAGCUCCUGCUCACCCAGUUCCCAACUAGGAAGCUCGCAAUCAUCAACUCUCUCACAGAUUCAAACCCUGGCAAGGCAUCAGAGACAGAUUUGAACCCUGCCUUGGUUCCUGCUCUCCGACUUGUCAUGAAGAAAAUAUCGCGAAUUAGGGAUGAGUUGAAUGAGAAUGAUACUGCUGGCAAGAUGCUUCCUCCUAUUCUUGGAGUUUAUAGUAUCCUCAUGCAAGAACUCAAGGAGGGAGAGAGUGCUGAAGGUCCCUGUGAGUGGAUGAAGAAGUUCUCCGAAGGGUUCAGCAGCGAGGAUACGUCCUUGUCUAAACAUGUUGUCAAGCUCAUAUUCCUCAUAAACCUCAGGCUUCAGUUCUCUGGUGUGUUGUGUCGUAGAACUGCUGGACAGCUACACUGUAUCUACGGGGACCUUGAUACUACAAGAGAGGUUGAGGCAAGCAAGAACAUGAGUUUUUUGAACGAGGAAACUGCAGACAUAAUUCUUCCCCUUCUAGUAGACCACAUGGAUCAAAAUAUUGAGUAUGUUGACCAGGCGAUUACCUGGCUGAAGUCGCUGGCUAGCAGUGCGCCGGCGCAGGUCAACCAGCCUGCCGUUGAACUUUCUAUUACGGAGCAUAUGGCGAAGAUGGUUGCUCCGAGUUUAGAGUUGGUGAACACUGCUCUUCCUGUUGGUUCUAUCUCAGAUAUAACCUUGAAGUUUCUCAUCAAACUAUACAGAAUCCUAGGAAACCUUGCGAACUACUUCUUUCUACGGGCCCGUUACAGUCGGGGCAGUGUGGUUGGAAGUAAGUUUGAUAAACUGCUGAGGAUGGUCGGAACUCAACUCAGUCCUAACGUUUACUCCCUUAUCACAUACAUUCAGAGGAAAUUCAAAGAACAGGAAGAUGAGGCUAAAGCAGCGAGAGUAAGGAAGAAGAAGGUUUUGGAUCCAAACCUAGCAAGAGCAAAGGUUCUCAGAGAAACAAAGGAGAUACCGAACCUUAUCUUCCAGAUCGAAACAUUUGAGAAGAAUAUGGCAAAGGUCGGGAAAAGAAUAAAUGAGAAGUUUGAUUUCAAACUCCCGACAUCUAGGGACUUCAGGAUUAAGUUGACUGAGGAGCAUUUGCGUGAACUGAAUGAUGAUGAGUCCGAGGAAGAGAGUGAGGAUGAGAGCGGAGAUGACGCUGAAAACUCCAGGAAUCAGACAACAGUCAGUUCUCAGGAUCAAUCCCAGGGAUCUGUUCUCAGUGUACAGAACAGAUCGCAUUCCCAGGUAUCACAGGAACCAUCAGCCAAGAAGAGCAAACUUGCCUCGAAAUUAAGUAAACUAAAAGAAAACAAAUCUAUGAAAUAGAAGUACCAUGCAUGCUCAUGAAAAGAAGUACAAAAAUGGAAACCCAACGCUUUGACCCUAUAACCUGAAAAAAUGUAUGUUAUGUGAUUUAAUUAGAUAAUGUGAUAAUAAACCUGUGCAUUUAUAUUUGAAUCUACUACAGAAGUUUUAUUUUUUAAAUCUCAAUCUAUCAAACAUGUGGAAGACGCCGAUCACAUGGGGUAAAUAUAAUCGAACGCGGUAUUAGUACGUUCAUUAUUUUCAGAUUAUUCAAAAACUGUAUCUUACCUUAAGCUAAACCCUCGUGACCUUUAAAGUUGAUGGUAUGGAUGCUUUGAAGAUUUAAUUCAGACAUUUUUUCAGA